AUGAUGGACCCGAGACGAACCCGAGCGAAGCCUAACCUUUUGAUCAAGGAGAAGGAGCAACAACCUCAAAUCGAGAAAUCACUUUUCUCAGAAGAGCAACGUCGAAUGAAUGAAGAGGACGCCGGCGAAAGCAGGGACGGCGGCGCGGGCGCUAGCCCUGGCGGCGGCGGCGGCGGCGGCGGCGGCGGCGGGGGCGGGGCGUGCGCGGACAACCGCGGCGGCUGCGAGCACGUGUGCGAGGAGAAGGACGGCCGGCCGCACUGCUCCUGCUACCCUGGCUUCUUCGCCAAGGGCAGCUCCUGCCACGAUAUCGACGAGUGCGCGGAGGACAAUGGAAGCUGCGAUGAGCUGUGCCUCAAUACGGCAGGCUCAUUCAGUUGCGGCUGCCCGCCCGGCCUGCGCCUGGCCGCCAACGGACGCUCCUGUCUAGGUGAGGCCUCCGCUGGCACCCAACUCUCAACCCCACGUGGCACCCCCCCCCCAAACGCUCAGUGGUUUGACCGCUGCACCAACCUGCGCGGCUCGUACGCGUGCUCGUGCGAGGGCAUCCCGGGCACGCGGCUGGCGCCCGACAACCACACGUGCCAGGACGUGGACGAGUGCGCCGAGGACAACGCCGGCUGCUCGCACGAGUGCGUCAACACCGUGGGCAGCGCCUUCUGCGAGUGCCCGCAGGGCUUCAUGCUCGCCCACGACUGGAAGACGUGCCAAGACAUCGACGAAUGCGCUCUGGACGGCGCGGGUUGCCCGCAUGGCUGCAGCAACAGCGUGGGCUCCUUCAGUUGCCUGGAAGCGUCGGUGGAGGAAGAGGACGAGGAAGAAGAAGAGGAGAAGGACGAAGAGGCAGAGGGCAGCCGCGAAGAGCCGAACAGCAUUCGCGCAGAUGGCGCCACCGAUCCGGACAACGGCGAGGACGAUUACGACGAAGAGGAAGAGGGAGAGGAUGGGGAGGAUGAGGAGGAAGAGGGCGACGACGGUGAGGAGGGAGAUGACGGUGAGAAGGAAAACGGAAGCAACGGUGACGAAGAGGGGGGACCGGACGACGAAGAAGAUGAAGCAUCGCGCCCGUUGCCCACGCCCCCGCUCCCGCCCGACACGCCCACCACGACGCCGACGCCCUCGCCCACCACGCCCACCACCGCUGGCACCACCACCACCACCACGGCGGAGCCCCCGCCCUGUGGCGACGGCUUCGAGCGGGUGGGCACAGACUGCCGAGGUGAGCUC